UCCUCACACAGCCUCACUUCCAGUCUCUGCUGGAGACUCACGACUCGGUGGCGGCUCAGGCCUGCGACAGCCCCCCCCCCAGCCCAUGUGACUUUGUGGACCAUGAAGAAGACAGGGAUGAUGAUGAAGAUGAUAAUGAAGGCCCAACAAACAACCGGCACCCCCCACCGGACGCCAUCCGCAUGGUGGGAAUACGCAAAGUGGCCGGAGAACACCUGGGAGUGACGUUCAAAGUGGAGGGGGGAGAGCUGACUAUAGCUCGUAUCCUUCAUGGAGGAAUGAUCGACCAGCAAGGACUGCUGCACGUUGGAGACGUCAUCAAAGAGGUGAACGGGCGGGAGGUGGGUCAGGACGCCAGGGUUCUGCAGGAGGAGCUCCAGGCCACCAGUGGGUCUGUGGUUCUGAAGAUCCUGCCCAGCUACCACGAAGCCAUCCCACCCAGGAAGGUGUUCUUCAAGUGUCACUACGACUACGACCCCGCCCAUGAUAACCUGAUCCCCUGCAAGGAGGCCGGCCUGCGGUUCGAGAGCGGAGACAUCCUGCAGAUCGUCAACCAGGACGACGUCAACUGGUGGCAGGCGCUGCAUGUGGAAGGCGGCAGUGCUGGACUGAUCCCCAGUCAGAUGCUGGAGGAGAAGAGGAAGGCGUUUGUGAAGAGAGACGUGGAGCUGCCGCCUGCAGGUAAUCUGUGUACUGGUGUUGGAGGGAAGAAGAAGAAGAAGGUGAUGUACGUGACGACCAAGAACGCAGAGUUUGACAGACAUGAGAUCUUGCUGUACGAGGAGGUGGCGAAGGUCCCGCCCUUCAAGAGGAAGACGCUGGUUCUGAUUGGAGCGCAGGGCGUUGGGAGGAGGAGGCUGAAGAACAAGAUGCUGCUGAGGGACCCCCUGCUGUUCGGCACCACCAUCCCAUACACCUCCAGGAAGCCGAAGAAGGAGGACAAGGAGAGCCGGAUGUUCGGGUUCACCAGCCGGAGCAAGAUGGAGGUCGACAUAAAGAGCGGGCGCUUCCUGGAGCACGGAGAGUACGACGGGAACCUGUACGGCAUCAAGAUGGAGUCCAUUCACGAGGUGGUGGAGGCCGGGAGGGUCUGUGUGCUGGAUGCUAACCCACAGUCCCUCAAAGUGCUCCGGACCUCGGACUUCCUCCCCUACGUGGUGUUCCUCCAGGCUCCAGACUUCGAGGUGCUGAAGGCGAUGAACCAAUCAGCUGUGGAGGCUGAGGUGGUGACUAAGACUCUGACGGACGAGGAGCUGCAGAGGACGUGUGAUGAGAGCUUGAAGCUCCAGGCGGCCUUCGAGCACUACUUCGACCUGAGCAUCGUGAACGACAACCUGGACGAGACGUACCGCAGCGUGAAGGCGGCGCUGCAGACCGUCUCCAAGAACCCCCAGUGGGUCCCUGUCACAUGGCUGUUCUGAACACUGUGUGUGUGUGUGCGUGCGUGCGUGCGUACGUGCGUGCGUGCGUGCGUACGUGCGUGCGUGCGUGCGUGCGUGCGUGCGCUUUGGAUUUCAAAACCAUGUUUUUACAUUUUUGGACUCUCAUUGUUUACAUUUCAUAUCAGAGUGCUGGUAACAAAUUAUUUUUACUAUUAAAUGAACAAAUAUGAGUGAUGGAAAUACACUGAACACACA